AUGUCCGACGCCGACUCCAAGCCGCCUCAGGCUCGCUCGCCGUCUGACCCCCCGCCCCCGCCUCCCCCCAAGCGGGGCUGGCGCGUCUGGGUCAUCUUCCUCGCUCUCUGCACCUCCACCUUCCUCGCCGCGCUCGACCUCGCCUCGGUAUCCACCGCGCUCCCUGCGAUCAUCCAUGAUCUCGACGGAACAGACUCCUUCGCCUGGGUCUCCUCAGCAUACACCCUCGCUUCCACUGCCGUCCUCCCCCUCAUCGGCCGUCUCGCCGACAUCUUCGGACGGCAGCGCGUUCUCUUGGUCUCCAUCCUCCUCUUCGCCAUCGGCUCCGCCAUCACUGGCUCUGCCCCGUCCAUGAACGUCCUCAUCGGUGGCCGAGCCAUUCAGGGCGUCGGCGCCGCGGGAAUCCAGGUCCUGGUGUCCAUCGUCACCGCCGACCUUAUCCCGCUCAAGGAACGCGGUAUCUUCCAAGCAUUCACCAACGCAACAUAUGCCUUUGCCUCGGUCUCCGGUCCCUUUAUUGGAGGCGUGAUUGCUGAGCGCACCACGUGGAGAUGGUUAUUCUACCUCAACUUGCCGCUCUGCGCGAUCUCGUUCGGCGUGGUCGCCGUGUUCCUGCAGCUGCGCAGGCCCCCGGUCGAAAGCAUGCGUGCCGCGUUCAUGUCGAUGGACUGGAUCGGCAACGCAAUCAUCAUCACCAGCUCGACGUCGUGCAUCAUCGCGCUGACUUGGGCAGGGGUGCAGUUCCCCUGGGUGUCGGCUCCGGUCCUCCUCCCGCUCAUUAUUGGCGUGAUCGGCUUCCCCUGUGCAAUUGCAUACGAUGCCUACGUGGCUGAACAUCCGGUCAUUCCGCUGUCAAUUCUGAACAAUCGCACCAGCUUGGGCGGGUACCUGGGCGCAUUUUUCCAUGGGCUUGUGAUCAACGCUCUUGGCUUCUACCUGCCCACUUACUUCCAAGCAGCCAAGGCCGCAUCCCCAAUUAUGUCCGGUCUCUAUUCCCUUCCAUCGGGACUUGUGAUCUCUCCCGCUGCGAUCGCCCAAGGCAUGCUCAUCAGCAAGACGGGCAAAUACCGCCUCAUUAAUUUGGUCGGAUGGUGCUUGAUGUUCCUGUCGGUCGGGUUGAUCUCCAUGAUCAAUGAGAAGACUCCCCAGGGAGAAAUAGUUCCGUUCCAGCUCAUCCUGGGUGUCGGUGCCGGGCUGCUGUACGCCACGACGUUCACGGUCCUCGCGCCGCUGGAACCCACCCAGAAUGCCUCCGCCCUCUCCUUCCUCCUCUUCGUCCGCACAAUCACUUCAUCCUGGGCGAUUGCAAUCUCGGCCACAAUCUUGCAGAACGAUCUCUCGCACAAACUUCCCCCAGAAUUCAUCGCGAUGGUCCCAGGCGGACACGAUUUGACGUACAGCUCUAUCCCGCUCAUCCCCUCGCUCCCUUCACCGCUUCAGGAAGAGGUCCGCGCCGCGUUCGCGUCGAGCCUGCAGCUCGUCUGGCGGGUGCUCCUCGCGUUCUGCGCCGCGGGCACGCUCUCGGUCGUGCUGCAGAAGCAGAUCGCGCUGCACUCGAAGAUGGACGACCGGUGGGGCCUCAAGGAGAAGGAGAAGAAGGACAGGCUCGACGAAGACGACGACGCGGAGAAGGCCGGCGCGGCUGCGCCCGCGCCCGCAGUCGGGCUGAGUAUCGACGCUCGCUCGGACGAGUCUAGACGGUCGCGCCUGGUGAAUGUAUCGCUUCAGCCAGUGCCCGAUACCCCGGCACCGGAGACGUCGUCGUUUGCUGUCGCUCAUUAG